AACCAUGACCAACCGUGAGCAAUUUCCUGGAAAAUACAGCCAGUCGAAGGCUUUGUAUUCUUAGAAUUUGUACUGACGUGAUGUUAACUAAUUUAAUUAAACAAGUCUUCCAAGAAACUACCUAUCAAUUCACAAAAAUUCAAUGGUGCUCGUACUCCGAGAUUUUUAACCAUAUUUCGAGCAGGAAGGAGAAGACUUAAAAGCUCUAUAUAUAAGUUUCCCUAAUCUUUUUCUAUGAUUAGAGAUCAAAACAUGGCUAAUUUCCCUAGUGUUCCGAAAACAAUCUCUCUUUUUUUGCUUUGUUAUCUCAUCACCUUCCUUUUUGAUCUUGCUUAUGCUGAUCCUCCAUACAAGUUGUGCUCAGAUGUUCGCGGUUAUGUCGAAAAUAGUACGUUUCAGAAAAACCUCCAGAGCCUGCUCAAUUCAUUGCCUUCAAAUGCUUCUGUUUCCAAGCUGUACAAUACUUCCGCCGGAAAUGAACCAGAUAGAGUUUAUGGCCUUUAUAUGUGCCUCGAUUAUGUUACGAAUGAGACAUGUCACAACUGCAUCAACACCGCGCAUUUAGACAUUGUGAGGAUUUGUCCCAACUCAACAGAAUCAGUUGUGUGGGAGGAGACGUGCCAACUGCGCUACUCCGAUGUGAAGUUCUAUGGUGAAUUGAAUAUGGCAGACAACAUUCCGUUGGCUAACAAGGAAAGCGUUUCAGACCCAAUAAAGUUUGAGUAUACCGUGAGGGAGAAGCUGAGUGAGCUUGCGAAGCGAGCCGCAUAUAAUGUUUCAGCGAAAAUGUAUGCUACUGGAGAUGUACAAUUUGAAGAUAAAGUGAUAUAUGCUCUUGUGCAGUGCACCAGAGACUUAUCUGGAGAUGACUGUGAUAAAUGCCUUCAGCGCGCCAUAGAAGACGUUUUGAGAGCGUUUUAUUUCUCCAUUGGUGCACGGCUUUUGAGCCGGAGUUGCUAUCUGAGGUACGAAUUGUAUGCCUUCUAUAAUGGUGCAACUGAAGCUUCUAUUUCUAGCUCUCCGAAUAACAACAAAGGGAACGUGAGUAGUGAGACUUUAAGACAACAUGUAUUGUUCCCAGAACAACGUCUUCAAGGCAGAAACCCGAAAGCUGAGGAGUACCCCUAUAUCAGUUUGGCAUCUAUACAUGCAGCUACGGAUAAAUUCUCUGAUUCAAAUAAGCUUGGAGAAGGUGGUUUUGGGCCUGUUUACAAGGGUGUACUCAGUGACGGAAAAGAAGUGGCAAUCAAGAGGCUUUCAAGCUGUUCUGAGCAAGGCUCGGAGGAAUUCACAAAUGAAGUUCUGCUGAUAAUGAAACUUCAACAUAAGAAUCUUGUUCGGCUUUUGGGUUUUUGUGUUGAGGGAGAGGAAAAACUGCUUGUCUAUGAAUACCUGCCAAACAGCAGCCUAAAUGUCUUCCUCUUUGAUUCAGAGAAACGAGCGCAACUUGAUUGGAGCAGACGUGUAAACAUUAUAAGUGGAAUUGCAAGGGGAAUUCUUUAUUUACACGAGGACUCUCGACUUCAAAUCAUCCAUAGAGACCUGAAAGCUAGCAAUGUUUUAUUGGACAGUGACAUGAACCCUAAAAUCUCCGACUUUGGCAUGGCAAGGAUCCUUGCAGGAAGUGAAGGCCAAGCAAAUACGACUACAAUAGUUGGGACUUAUGGAUACAUGGCUCCAGAAUAUGCAAUGGAGGGAGUAUAUUCCGUCAAGUCUGAUGUUUAUGGUUUCGGAGUACUAUUGCUUGAGAUCAUAACAGGGAGAAGGAACGCCAGCUUUCAUCCAAUAAAACGUGUUCCUAGCCUUGUAACAUAUGCAUGGAAAUUAUGGCAUGACGGAAAAGGGUUGGAGCUACUCAACCCACUACUGCUCGAUUCAUGUGAUCCAGAUGAGUUUCUAAGAUAUCUCCAUAUCGGAUUGUUGUGUGUCCAGGAAGACGCGUAUGAUAGGCCAACCAUGUCUUCUGCUAUUGUAAUGUUGAAAAGUGAAACUGUAACUCUUAGCCAACCCGAGAAACCUGCUUUCACCACGGGAAGAUUCACUGAUCAUUAUACUGAGACAGCUGCUGGUAAUAGUUCUAUUAAUGGCCUAACAGUUUCUAACGUCAUGCCGCGAUAACACCAUAAGAUUCAUGAAUCUGUACAAAGUUGAAGCUUUCCUACGGUGUUCUUUGUCAUGAAAUUCUACCCAUGUUCUCGAUAGCACAAAGUUUUUCUUAGUUCUGUUGUGUGUAUAUUAUUAAUAAAUACAGAAUACCGGUA